AGCAGGUCGGAGAUGGGCAAGCGUAGAGCCAAGCGGAGCAGUGAAUGGCCGCUGGUUGGGCCUGCCAGGCUGACACGGCUGGCAGGCUGAGCCGCACACCAUAAACAUGAAACAACAUAACAUGAGCCCGAAACUCCCAAUCGAGUAACCAGGAUCGAACCAUCUCGCCUAAAUUAGACCUGGACCCAUCGGUGCCAAACCUCGUUCCCCCAGUGUCUUGGUUCCCAUCGUCUUCAGGGAACGCCCCGCCCCAAAGUGUUGAUGUUUUUAACCACCUAGCCAUGGCCUGAGAGGACCCAGACACCAACCCAUCGAUCGACCCAUUUACACUUUUCACACCUAUCUCGUGAUUGUAUGAUUUUUGAGUGUGCGUGUGGCUCCCAUCCAGACCGUGCCAACAACCAUCAGGAGUCAGGUGUUGGGAAUUCUUAAUCUAUCAUCCAUCGGUAAUCGAUCCUCGGUAAUCGAUCCUCGGUAAUCGAUCCUCGGUAAUCGAUCCUCGGUUGUGGGUAGUUUGGGCUGGUCUAUCCGUGCCGUGGGCGAAUCCAUAGAUUGAGGAUGGGCAAUUUCCGCGUGCCCAGUGGUUCCCAAUCGGGGGGGAACCCCAAGAAGAAACGUCGCACAUCCCAAUCCACGACAUCCACCUCACAGAUGCCUCCGCAGGAUAUGGGGCCACCCAUGGGCAUGGGUGGAGGUGGACCGGGGGGUGGACCGGGCAUGGGUAACGAUACCAUAUUUGCGAGUAAUCCUUUUGACGACUACCAAGGCGGAGGCGGCGGGAAUGGUGGGGGCGGAGGAGGAGGAGGAGGAGGCGGUGGAGGAGGCGGCAGCGGCGGCGGCAACGGCAAUGGCGGGAUGGGCAUGGGAAUGAACAUGGGUGGCCCCAUGGGACCAGGUGGACCCAAUAUGGGGCAUGGUAUGGGCCCCAAUGGACCCAAUGGACCUGGCAUGGGACCUGGGGGUAUGAUGGGUGGCCCAAUGAUGGGACCGCGCGGCCCGAUGAUGGGUCCAGGUGGCCCUGGAAUGAUGGGUGGCCCCGGAAUGAUGGGGGGUCCAAUGAUGGGACCCGGUGGCAUGAUGGGACCUGAUGGCAUGGGGCCAAUGGGGCCAAAUGGACCGAUGCCUAUGACCAGUCAGCAUGGACCCAUGAGCAUGCACAGUGGGCAUAUGGGCCCUUAUGGCCCGAACAUGUCAGGACCCAUGGGUCCUAAUGGGCCAAUGUGUGGACCUAAUGUAUCCAUGAGUGGUCCAUCCGGGCCAAUGGGUGGUGGAGGCAUGAUGGGGGGACCUAUGGGACCCAAUGGACCUAUGGGACCUAAUGGACCUAUGGGACCUAAUGGACCCAUGGGACCUAAUGGACCCAUGGGACCUAAUGGACCGAUGGGACCUAACGGACCUAUGGGUCCCAAUGGCCCUAUGGGUAUGAAUGGACCAAUGGGGCCAAUGGGACACAACGGCCCAAUGGGCCCUAAUGGUCCAAUGGGGCCUAUGGGGCCUAACGGACCUAUGGGACACAUGGGGCCCAACGGACCAAUGCACCCACCGAGUAGCAUGAGCCAUAGUGGUAUGUCUAUGAAUAGCCCCCUACCCCCCUGCAGCACCCCAGGCACCAUGAACACAAUCAGUACCGGCCCAGGUUCGGGCAGUCCCCAUGGGUCGGCGCACGGAAGUGGCCCGGGUACCCCAGUGGGUCCACACAGUGGCGGAAAUGGGCCGGGUAGCGUCGGAAUGCCCAUAUCUUCAUGCGGCAAUACCAUCCAUCCUAACACCAGUACCAACAGUAUGAACUCUAACGUGCCAACUAGCAUACCCAUGGGCCCAUCCUCUCAUCCAGGUCAUGUGCCAAUGGGCCCAGGAUCUCAUCCAGGAAUGAUAGGACCCCCUAUGCCCAGUCCACUCUCCAUGUCGAAUGAAAAGAUGUAUCCACCUGGCCAACCAAUGGUCUUCAACCCUCAAAAUCCUAACGCACCCCCCAUUUACCCUUGUGGAAUUUGCCAUAAGGAAGUUCACGACAAUGACCAAGGCGUGUUAUGUGAAUCUGGUUGCAACUUUUGGUUUCAUCGCGUGUGCACGGGACUGGCUGAGGCUGCGUUUCACUUCCUAACGCAAGAGAUUUAUGCCGAGUGGGUGUGUGAUAAGUGUUUUGCUCAUAAAGACGUACCCUUGGUGAAGUUCAAGCCUUGAGUUCAGUCUUCAUAGACUCAAGAGCCUUAGACUCGACCGAUCGACCGAUAUCAAGAGAGAAUAAUAAUGCCCUUUACACGUAUUUCAACCGUCUAUCUGAAACAUGUCCUUACAAGGAUAGUACAACAAUAUAUUCAUUUUAUCAUUCCA